AUGUCCAACGGAACACCCUACUUUCUACCCGCCGAAAAGGCGCAAGGCCUAGCAAACUACCCUCACGCGCGCUUCGCGCCCAUAACCGCGCACCGCACACUCUACGUCUCAGGCACCUCCUCCCGCCGCGGCGACGGCACCUGGGACGGCGUGAUCGAAAACGCAAACGGCACCUGGACGCUUGACAUUCACGCGCAGACGGCCGCAGUACUCCGUAACAUCGAGAGUAUCAUCCAAGGCGCGACGGACGGCCGCGGCGGGCUGCAAAAUAUCGUCGACGCAACGGUUUUCCUGAUCGACCUGCCGCAGAAUUACAGCGGGAUGAACGAGGAGUGGAACAAGGUCUGGCCGGAUCGGGCGAAUGCGCCGGCCAGAACAACGAUUGGAGUUAAGGAGCUGCCGAAUCCGAGGUUACUGGUGGAGAUUAAGUGUACGGCAAUUGUUGAGAUAUGA